GUACGUUCUACCAAGGCAAUAGCAGCCGAGAAUUCCAUUCCAGCAAAUUAUGAUUGUCUUCUAACCUUCAUGGCAUUUUCUUACACUUGCGUGAUGAAACAAUUUAUCAUGAUGAAUCUGAUUUCGGAAGGAUGAAACGAGGAGCCAUGGACAGAGAAGAAACUGUGUUAGUAGUUGGAAGUGACAUUUCACUUGCUGACCUGCAGGCAGAGAUGGAGGUCGGUGGGGGUGGGGGUGGGGGAGAGGAGGAGCAAGAUGCAUCAUCAACACCUGGGGAGGAGGAGGGCAGUGGUGCACAGAAAGAAGACAUGAGCUCUUUUGAAUUGUUUGAAACUCGUAAUGUGUUUUGCUUCUUUGAUGAGAAUCUGUUGGAUUCCAACCCUCAUGUGUUACCAGACAAUGGACAAGGCAACAAGCAGGAUCUUGUAUUGGAGAGCCUAUCUCCUGAUCAUAGUGAUUGUGUUUCAACUGCUGGAGAUGUGUGUGGGACAUCUGCUGAUUGUGCUGAAGGUGCUGACCACCAGAGUUCAUCACACACAUUGCACACAAAUAAUCAGGACAUCAAGGUCUGUGAUGUGAAAUCUCAGGAAUCUUUUCUAGACGAUAAGUCUAAUAAUACAUCGUCACCUUCUGUUGGUGGUUUAAAUCAGAGAGGUGAGUCAGAGAGAAACAAUACAGGCAUAAAUUGUGAUAUGAAUCCCCCCAGGCUGGAAAAAAAUGAUGAACUCCCCCUUUAUGGAAGAUGUAAAGAUUCACCAUCAUUUCCAAAUGGUGUCCUUCAGGGAGAGCGAUGGGCACAACCGUCAGACAACUUGAAGCACAAUAGGCAUUUAGAUUUGACAAGUCCAUCACAACAUAGUAACGGUGGUGCACUGUGGGAGACUCCUGGAGAACUGCCUGUCCUGGAACUAAGCGUUAUUGAACUGACUUUGAAGGGAGCAUCAGCUACCCAUCCAGCAGCCUCAUCAACGGCCCCAUCAGCAGCUCCAUGUGCUUGCCCUCCACAGAAAGCUGUGAUACACACGACUGUGAUCGAUGUUCACCCAGGGCAUAUUGUACAUAAACAUGAUAAGAAAGUACUGGAGAGUGAUUUAUCGGAACAUUAUAGUGUUAUUCAAAGUCUUCCAGAAGAAAUAUUGCUCAAUAUAUUUUCUUACUUCUCACCUAAAGAACUGUGUCAGUAUGUUGCACCAGUAUGCAGGCGUUGGCGUGUCCUUGCUUACGAACCUACAUUGUGGGUAUGUUUAAAAAUAGACCCUUUAUGGGAGGUGAGUAUUGAUGACCUUUCUACACUCCUUGAACGUGUGUCAGGGGUGAAGGACCUCUCACUCCAUGCCAGGAAUGGCAUCACAUAUUUUGAAGUCUUCACUUACCUGAAACACUGUAAUCACUUGACAGAGCUUGACCUUGGUUUAUGUGAUAGUAUCAAUAUUCAUGUUAUUGAGUGUAUUGUGAAGUUUUGCCCCUUGUUGAGGAACAUCAAUUUAGAAGGAUGUAGCAAUAUAGACUUUGAGUGUGUGAAGCAGCUGGCUACCCUACGUCACCUGUCCCACCUCAACCUCUCACACUGUCGCCUGGAGAACGACAGCAUCCUCCUCCUGGCGUACUCCAUUGACAGCAUCAUGAGCUUCAAUGUCGAUGGUGUGGCAUGGAUCACAGAUGAUGCCAUCAUGCCGCUGUGUGAGGUGCACAAGUCCAGUCUGAGGCAUCUGGAACUGGAUGGGGAGGAGCUGACCGAUAGGAGCAUCUCCGCCGUGGCCAAGUGUCAGUCUCUUGUCACACUCAACGUGUCCUUCUGUGACCUGCUGUCUGACGCCAGUCUGGAGUACCUCAAGGAGCUGAAAAAGCUACGAAAAUUACGACUACGGAAGGGUUUGGAGUUUUCUGAAGAAGCAGUAGAGAAGUUCUUUAAGCAUGGCCACCUACACAAUGUGACAGACCUUGACAUGUCAGAGUGUGCUGGCAUGAAGGACGCCAGCCUCCUGUCUCUCACUGAGUGUUGUGGCAGCAGCCUGAUAGUGUUGGCGCUACAGUGGUGCUGGUACAUCACCGACAUCGGCCUGGCAUCUAUUGUGGAGUGUUGCAGCAAUCUGGAGCGACUUGACCUGACAGGGCUGCACCGCCUGUCUGGGGAGUGUCUGGACAGGGUGCCCGAUGACAUGGUGCGUCUCCGCUUCCUCGACCUCAGAAACUGUAACAAUAUGAAUGACAAGUUAAUCUGUGAGAUGAUCCGAUCGAAGCCUGACCUUCAAGUGAUCAACUACUAUGGUGAAAUGUUUGUCUACGGAGAAGGGAGUCCCUGAUGUGUCUCACCACACUGGCAGCACAGCCAACAUCAAAAUCAUGACAAACCCAGCAAGUUGAGGAUCGGGGGGGUUGUAAGGUGUGCCCUUGCUGAUCGGUGGCCUGUUACUCAGACGGUGUGGAAUCGUUGCUCACGUUAUCAUGUCUUGUAAUCAGGCAUGGCAGAUUUGUUUGGUUUGAAUCCCAGAUUCAACCUGAUAAUGAUUCCUGGUUUGUCAACACCACAGUCACCUUCGAAAUUCACGGUAAUCUGGAAGCCUGAGACUAUUAAAUGGUGGUGAGGACAAGUGAAAAUCCAAUGAUGGUAGUCCUUAUUGACUCGUAGCAUUUGAGGGCUAUAAUUCUGAACCAGUUCUCAAAGCUUCAUUUUUUUUGCAAAUUGGUAACUCAAUAAAGCAGCAGUAUACAUUUUUGUCUGGUUCCAGCAGGACUAGCUCCAAACUCUUAGGGCUAGUGAAAUAAGAUUUCCAUUAGUACUCUGGACGAAUCUUAAAAAACCCUGAAUUUCUAAGGCUGACAUAUCCAUGCUUGUUGGUUUCACCAAAGUGGGAAACAUCUAAGACCUGCAUCACUAAGCCGACCUUACUCACUGUUUGAUUUGUUUCAGUUGUUUUCAUCUGGUUGUUAUGGUGACCUGACUUUCUCGGAUCUGACUAUUUAUUUUAACAAAAGUAUAGAAUUCUAUAUCUAUAACAAAUAUUUGCUGGAAAACGACAUGGUAUGUCAAAAAGCCUGCGGUUUUCAAGGAGUUUUCUAAAAUUUUAACAUAUGUGAAAUAUGUCAGUCAAAGCACUCCAAUUGUCAUGAAUCUCUGCGAAAGAUAUUAUAACAUAUGACAGACAUUGCAUACAGUUCUUGUAUAUCUUUGUUAUAGGAUAUUAGAUAAAAACAUUUUAGUGCUACCGCUGUUGUAUAUCUAUGUUAUUGUAUAUGACGUAUGACUGUCACUCUGCUACAGCUGUCUAUGUUAUAGUAUACAGCUGUUUUAUGUUGCUGUUAUAAUAUUUGAGAUAUAACAGUCAUAGCGCUGUAGCUGUUGUAUGUCUAUGUUAUAGCAUAUGAGAUAUACCUAUGUUAUAACAUAUGAGAUAUGACCGUUAUAGCUCUACAGUUGUUGUACAUCUAUGUUAUAGUAUAUGAGAUAUGACCGUCAUAGUCUACAGCUGUUGUAUGUCUGUGUUAUGGCAUAUAAGAUAUGAGAGUCAUAGCAAUCAGUUGUUGUUUAUCUGUUUUAUUGAAUAUUUAUUUGCAUCAGUCAUAGCGCUACAGUUGUUUUAUGUCCCAAAUAAUGUCAAGAACAACUAUGUUUGCUUGGCCAUAUGAAAUAGUUCCAUUAUGUUGUGGCAUGACAACAUACAAUGCAUUAAUAAUAAUAAUAAGAAGAAGAAUAAUGUGCAUAUUUAUAAUGAGCCAAAUCCACACCUUAAAUCAUGCUCAAAGCGCUACAUUAUUACCGCGGUCAGUGGAUGAGUGUGCACCUCAGCUCCCUGGGGAGUAUGAACGAGAUGCUGUAAGGUCACAUUACCAUCUCAUUCUACCUGGUACCCACUCUGAUAUAACAGACAGUGAGGAAUGUAGUAGGAUUGACUAAAGAAGUCAGUAUUACUAGUUUACUGGUAUUGUGAUAGUUUUGUCAAUGCCUGAGCCAUCUUCAGUGUGGAAGUUUUUGAAAUGUUCAACAUGACAUAUCCUAGCACCUCAGCCAAGUCCUAGAUUCUAGGGGAGUUUGGUUCUAAAUUUUGAGAAGGUUUGAUGAUUUGAAUCCUAUAUGUGUAUCUUGCAAGAAUACUUAUUAAUCUCUUCAAGCAAGGUGUAGUUUGUAUCAAAACAAAUUGAAAAGAUGAUGAUUAACAGUGUUUUUAUGGUGUUUUGUACUCAUCACAACCAAUAGUAAUGUGCUACAUCCUUGUUACUUAGUGAUAUUUUAGUAUGUCACUAUUGCUAUGGGCUACUGAGAUGCACCUAUAAGAUGGUUCAGUCGAUCUCCACGACUAAAGUAUAAAGUAACUGACAGUCUGGUGCUAAAACCAGUUGGGCUUAAUUAUGUACUGAUUCAUGUUCUAAGAAAUCAUUUCUGGCAGUCUGGCAGUAAAGGCAGGAUGGUAUUAUAAACAGAAGUAAACGGUAAGAAUUCACAUCUGGCAUUAAAGUAAGUUUGGUAUUAUAAACAUAUAUAGAGUAAAACAUCAGUUCUGGCUGUUUAAAGGCAAAACCUGUUUGGUAACAAAGAUGCAGCACUGUAGUACAUGAAUGUGAGUCUGAUGUACACUACACACAGCCAGUUACUGAUAGUAGCGGUCAGUGGCCACUAGUCAGCAGUGAUCACUAGAUCACUGUAGGUUGUUUUUCCGAUAUUGUCAGAAUCAGGAAUUUAGUUGUAAUUAUUCCAGAAAUUUUGCAAAAUGAGAUAUAUGCCCAGUAUGAUAAUUGUAUUUUUGUGGAUAUUAUUUUUUAUAUUUGUUCAACUGAGAAUCAUGUUUAAUGUGAAAAAGCGAUUAAUAGUGUUUUGUAGUUCAAUUUGAAAUGAUCGUGUGUGUGUGUGUGUGUGCCUAAUCCAGUUGUGUCCAUAUAUCAACUGGGAGCGUCUGAGUGUCAGUAGGUUAUUGAGAUCAUGGUUUGUGUUCAUGGGAUGUAGAUCUUGAUUGAUGAUUCAUUUUCAGGUCAUUAAAACUAGGACACAUGCUAUAUGGUACAUGAUGGCUUCUUAAUAAACCAAUCACAAACCUCAGUUUCUGCAACUAUCUAUCAAUGCAAUAAAAUGUGAUACUCUCUAUGUACAAGUAACAUUUACAUUUACUGUAAAUUAUAAUAAAAUAUAAUUACAAUUUCUAUAAUUACGCUGAUGUACAGCUGUGCAAAUAGUCAUGAUGUUUCUCAAGCAAUGAUUUUUUGAAAAUUGAUUUAUGUCCGGUUAAAGUCAUUGUAAGAUUACCAGGACAUAAAUCUAAGUUUUUGUUUUUGUUGAACACCGCACUCUGCAAUAUUCCAGCUAUCUGACGACCGAACUCUGUAAAUAAUCAAGCCUGGAUCAGACAAUCCAGUGAUUGACAUAAUGAGCAUCAAACCACGCAAUUGGGAUACAAUGACAUGCAUCAACCAAGUUAGCGAACCAUCUGAUCCCAUUAGUCGCCUCUUACGACAAGCAUUGGUUGCUGAAGACUUAUUCAAACCCGAAUCUUCACAAGGGACGAAUCUAAGUGAGCCAGUGGUAUUGUCAGUUGACUGACGUACCCCUCCCAUUAACUUUCCACUUAUCCAAACUGACUGAGUUCUCUACUACAUAAAGUUAAGAUUGGUAUGUGACCUAUUGAGGAUGUUUUAGGAAAUACUUUUUUACUGAACAAAAUGUCAUUAAACCCCACGCUGCUUGUUACCAUGACAAUUCCAAAUGACACUCUGAUGCCAUGCUUUCUACCCAGAUCCAACAAACCAUAUUACAUAGCAAUUAUUUAAAGCCCCACAAUAAUUCCACUUCCGUGGGUACAUACCCACUCAUACCACUCAUGGUUGGAAAUAUUAUACACAGCAUGUCUCGCACAGAAUCUCGCACUCUAGCACUCUGGCUUAUGGCACCUAUUGAUGUCUGGGAGCAGAAAACAAUAAACUCAUGUGGGGAGUUUUUCUUAUGUGUCUGAUGCUUAAGAACCAAUACUUGUUGAGCUUCUUUCGUCUGUGUUUCGAUGGGAUUAUAUGAGUCCAUGCCUUUGGUUCAGUUCUAUGAUGAAGUGAUAUUGCAAAUCUUUACCAAUGUAUAGGGUUUUGUCUGUUUUAUGCAACUCAAUGCUAAUAAAUACAGCACUAAUAGUACCCAUUUUGCAGGUGUGUAUUAUUGAAUGUACUGAAAAGGCAGCUUUAAGUACACCUUCAACCUCAGUUUGUUAUCUGAUUUUGUUUUCUGUGAGUCUGUGAUGUUUAACAUAGAGAGUGUAUCUGACGGCAGCCAGAAGGUCUAGGAUUGUUCAGUCAAGGCUGUAUAGAAUAUUUCAGUGAUAUUACAAACCCAGAAAUAUUUGUCAUUACAGUAACAUGUAACACUCCAUUGUAUAUAGUAGAAUAAACUAUGUCUACACA